GUGUGUGGGAAAGUUGAAAACGACUGGGAGCAUCCAGUCAUGAAACAAGCUCCUGAUCAAGGAAAAGAAUCAACGAAAGUUUCGGUUCUUAAACCUAAGGAUAAUUGGACAGAUGCUGAGAAGCUUCAAGAAGAAGCCAACUAUCGUGCCUUGUAUGCAAUCAUGAUGGCAGUAGAUAAAACAAGACACAAGAUGAUCGUUCAUUGUAAGACCGCGAAAGAUGCCUGGCGGGUUCUGCAGC